CCAUUUUCGAUCUUCUCAAAAGAAAAUUUUCCGAGAAAGGGAGAGGGAGAGGGAGAUGACAAUGGAUAGAGAGAAGGAGAGAGAGAUAGAGCUCGAAAGUGCAAUGUACACGAAUUGCUUGCUUUUAGGUUUGGAUCCGUCGAUAAUCGGACUCGGAGCCUCCAACGGAACCCCUCGGGUCGGACUAUUCCGUCAUUCUAACCCUAAAUUAGGCGAACAGCUUCUUUACUUCAUCCUCUCUUCUCUUCGUGGCCCCACUCAAUCCGCCAGAGAUUUCGACAGAGUUUGGCCGAUAUUUGACUCAGCGCAAUCUCGUGAUUUUCGAAAGGUUGUGCAAGGGAUAAUUAGUGAGCUGGAAGCACAAGGAGCUCUACCGAGGAGUAAUUCGAGGGUUUCUUCGCUUGCGACUUGCUGUGGACCAAGAUUUGUUGAACUUUUGUGGCAACUUUCAUUGCAUGCUUUGAGAGAGGUUCAUAGACGGACUUUUGCAGCUGAUGUUGCUUCUAACCCAUUGCCUGCACCCUUGACUGAUGUUGCAUUUUCACAUGCUGCUACACUGCUUCCCGUGACAAAGGCUAGAAUAGCACUUGAACGGAGGAGAUUUCUGAAAAAUGCAGAAACAGCUGUGCAGAGACAGGCUAUGUGGUCAAAUUUGGCUCAUGAAAUGACUGCAGAGUUUCGUGGCCUUUGUGCUGAGGAGGCUUAUUUGCAGCAAGAGCUGGAAAAACUACAUGACUUGAGGAACAAAGUGAAGUUGGAAGGGGAGCUAUGGGAUGAUCUUGUCUCUACUUCAAGUCAGAAUUCUCAUUUGGUUUCAAAGGCCACUCGGUUGUGGGAGUCUAUAUUAGCUCGUAAAAGUCAGCAUGAAGUUCUUGCUUCAGGCCCUAUUGAGGAUUUGAUAGCUCAUCGGGAGCAUAGGUACCGCAUCUCCGGAUCGUCUUUGCUUGCAGCUAUGGAUCAGAGUUCUCAAGCUCCUUAUACAGACGUCUUAUCCAUUCAGUCUGGUGAUAUGGAUGACAAAGAACAGAAUGAUGGAUAUCACGCACAGGUCAAUGAAGAGACACUUUCUCGGGUAGAUGAUAGAAGUGGAAGAGUCCACCAGUCUGUUGAUGUAGCAGAAAUUAUCAGACGUUGGACGCAUGCGUUACAACGCAUUCAUAAACAGUCACUUCAGCUGGCAAAAGCUAAUGAUGGAGAGGGUCCUGAUAUCUUACGGAGUGCACAUGAUGGUGGCACAAGUGGCCAUGCUGAGUCAUUAGCUGCAACUCUUGCUGAGCAUCAACAGCACCUGGCUAGCUUUCAGGUGCUUAUUAACCAAUUAAAGGAAGUUGCUCCAGCAAUUCAGAAGUCAAUAUCAGAGUGUACAGAGAAAGUAAAUUGUGUUUCCUCCAACUUGCCUUCUAUGGGCAAGCAUCGUGGUCAAGCUAGCUCACCUAUUCAAGCUCAGAGCAGUGGAAGGACCUUGGAAAGUAGCUCUGAUGAUGUCGGUGACGUUACUUCCAAAAUGUCUACUGUUCAGCUUGACAAGGUUUCAGCUAGUCCUCCUGCUUUAAAGCUCCCGCAGUUAUUUAGUUUAACCCCAAAUUCAUCUGGAAAAGGUGGAAACAUGCAAAAGCGACAUACUUUAGCUCCUCAGACCAACCAAACGGAAAUUUUGUCCGAAAGGAACUCUGUAGACCAGCCUCUACCAAACAAUCUCCCAGAUAGCCCACCCCAAGAUAGUGACAAUUCUUAUGUUCAGAACUUAAAGAGAUCUGUGAGGCAAGCUGCAUUGUCAAUGCCAUCCUGCAAUUCAGAGUCAUCACGAGACAGUCAAUCUGAUGAAAGUUCUGAACACUUCUUCGUACCUGUAUCAUCAAAUAAUUUUUCUCGUGGGGGGCCAGAAAGUAAAGUGAGCUCGAUAAGGACUAAGAGAUUGUUUUCAACUCAAACAGGCAAUUCCUUGCUUGACAGCCAUGGUGGCAAUGGUCAUAUUGGGAGUAACUAUGAUGACUUACCACACAUGCUGAACAAUCUGGAUUCCCUUAACGAUUUUGAUCAAGUAAAUGGAUUUCUCUCAGCUGCUGCUUCAAGUUGUGCAGCUUCUGAUGGGCAAAGGUCAUUUUUUGACAUGGAAGAAGCUCAGGAUCAGGUCUUCUCCCCUCCUUUGCUGAUGGACACAUCCCUGUUAGCUGAUUCUUACGAGGAUUUGCUGGCUCCCCUUUCAGAAACCGAAACUGCCUUGAUGGAGCAUUGAGACUGGAGUUUGGACGAUUCUGUUCGGAUGGUUUUGUUUUUUGACCCUUGGUUGGGAUGUGCAGCACUCUCACAUUGAUUUGUUGUAUGACACGAUGCUUGUAUGUACUUCCAGAGAUGGAUUCACAAUGGGGGCAGCUGCCCCCACUGAUAUCUUAAAGACUUCUUGGUAUUAUUUUUCUUUUGUAACUAACACAAUUUUAAGAACAGUUUUUAUUUUGCCCACACUGAUUAAUUUAGUACUAUCUUUUAUUGAUCA